UUAUCAGCAUGUAUUUAGUAGUUCUCUUCUUAAAAUUUCCGUUUAGUGUCUUUUAGAUGCAUUGUUACAUAUCUAUAAAUGUUUGUAUAUGAAUAAGUACUGCUUUAUAUAAGUUAUGGCUGCUGCAGUUGCAUCGGACUCAAAUUUUUUGAAAAUGGCAAAGUAUACAUUCUAUAACAUUAAUCGGAAGAAUAGAACUUACCCAGCCAAUAAUAAUAUGUAUAGCUCGGAAUGCAAAUCACAAUUAUUGGAUGACCACGAAAAUAUUACGUUAAUAGUUAAUCGAAGAACCACAGUCCGACAAGCCCCAAAGAGGUGGGCAAUACUACGAUGUAAAUGGCAAAAGAAACUUGCAAUAACGUUGACUCUUUUAAGUGUUUGUGUUCUAAUUAUCUUCGCUUAUACAGAUCUGCUCUUCCGAAAUAAAUUAUUUUCGGUAUUCCUGUCAGGCAGAUUUAACAACAGCCCCAACGACGAUAAGCUUCAAACAAGGCAUUCAGUUACUGAGCAAACGGUACAAUCAUCAAGUAAUAAUAUCUUAAAGCCAGUACAUUAUCUAUUAAACUACUCUUCUGUGCAAGUAAACCUAAGCACACAUUUAAAAUCGUAUAAAUCGGACUACAAUAUCUUUGUCAUAUAUACCAAAGAGAAUUAUCGGUUGAAUAUGAAGUUCGAUCUAUUUGCACAUAGCUUAUUUAAGCAUACAAAUGCGCAACUGCAUUUACACAUCAUAACGGAUAAGGAUAGUGAAAUAUCGGCAUUGGACAUACUGCAGCGACAAAUAAAAAGAUUUCGAAGAAUUCUGGUUUACACUAUGUAUGACGUUCAAUUGUGUUCUAAGAGUAUACAAGACAUAGCAACUAAGCUUUCACCGUAUUUUAGUUCAGCUCCUAACUCAUAUUAUAGUGACUCGCUUUUUUUUUUGUCUCUUGGCUUACACCGCAUUGCUGAUGUUAGCCUUAAUCGUGCCGUUUUACUAGAUUGUGAUAUAGUAUUUCGUUCAGAUGUUCGUUUACUGUUUGAAGAAUUUGACCGGUUUUUACCAGAUCAACUCUUUGGGCUAGCUCCAGAGUUAACUCCAGUAUAUCGGCAUAUAUUGUACCGUUAUCGCGUUCGAUUUCCAAAAUCAAAUUUUGGAAAUCCUUAUUAUCCAAUGCAAUUAAUAAAAAACAACGAAAAUAUACUGGUACCUAAACGUGUUCAUGAGCGUCACGGUUACCCGGGCUUAAAUUCUGGUGUGGUACUUAUGUUAUUUCAUCGAAUAAGAGAUUCAAAGGCAUACAUAGAUGCCCUUACUGAACACGAAGUCCAUAGACUGGUUGCAAAGUAUUCAUUCAAAGGUCACCUCGGAGACCAAGACUUCUUUACACUUCUUGGGUAUGAGUACCCGAAUUUGAUAUAUAGAUUAGACUGUAUAUGGAACAGACAACUCUGCACCUGGUGGAAGGACCAUGGCUAUAGUGAUAUAUUUGAUGCAUACUUUCGCUGUGAAGGCGUUAUUAAAAUGUACCAUGGCAAUUGUAACACACGCAUUCCUGAGUAAUAAAAAAACAUGUUCCCUACAAAA